GGAAUGAAAUUUAAGUAAUCUAUCAGUUUACAGAUAUUUACUAAAAUAUCUCUUGUGUCCUAUCUAUUUUAAAUAUUUACUGAAGAACAACAAUUAUUGUGCGAUAUUAGAUGGCGUUUCCUCAACCUAAUGCUCAAAGAGAAUUGACAAAUAGAAAAAUCUUGGAAGAACUGCAGUUGAAGAAACAAAUGCUACUGAAACAAGGUGCUGUGGCCCCACUGACAGCUAGCACAAUUCCUUUGACUCAACCCAGCCCUGUCAGCCAGUUGCCUAUGUGCUCUAUUCCACCUGUAUCUGCAACUGCUGGGUUUCCACAAUUACCAGAAGCGAAUAUUGUAAACACAAGUCAUAGAGCAGCACUUCAACACGCCAACGCAAACUCUUGUGGCUUUUUUGUAUCACAGGAUUCUUCAUUUGGCAACCAAAUUUUGCCUGUACUACCAAGAUUUGAUACUAAGUGA